GAGUGCCGGCGGCGCAGCUCGGUGACGUUGUCUGGCUGCGCGGCGACGGGAUAGUGAUGGCGGCGGCGCGACAGGGCGGGCCGGGACCGGCUGCGGAAAAUGUGUCUGCCACGGGCCGCGGUCCCCGCCGAAAGCGGCCGUGGAGGCCGUUCUUGCUGCGCAACGUCGUAGGCAGCCUGCAGGAGGGACGAGGAUUUGCAUUUCGGAGAAAACAACAGAUUGAAAGACAAUACAGGAAAUUAUUGAAAAAAAGAAAAGUCCCUUCACAACAGGAUGAUCAAUUUACUGAUACUUACCCAGAGCACUUGAAGCAUCUUUACUUGGCUGAGGAAGAAAUGCUUAAGAAACGGCGCAGGGCUCCAGAUGCUGCAGUUUUAUCAGAAGAAAAACUUAAUAAAGCAGAGGAGUCGGUUAUAACUGAAGGGAGGUCUAAGAAGAAAACGUCCAAUCAGAAGGCAAAAGAAGAGUAUGAGAAAAUACAGGCUGAGCGUGCUAGAAAGAAAGAGGAAGCAGAAAAAAGAAAACAACAAAGGGAAGAAGCUCAGCGGUUGUACAAACAAAAGAAAAUGGAAGCUUAUAAAAUAUUCAGUAAGAAGACAAAAAAAGGACAGCCAAAUCUAAACUUACAAAUGGAGUUUCUUCUACAGAAAAUACAGCAAAAUACAUAAACAUCUGCAUACAUCUUAAUUACAGAUUUUGAGUCACCUGUGCACAUUUUAUUAAAUGACUUUUAAUAGAUAAUGUCUCUUUGCUUCUUUAUGACUUUUGUCACUGGCUUCAUUUAUGUCGUCAAUCCAAUAGUGGAGGAUAUUCAUCCUGAAAAUAUGUAUUGAAUGCUGAGAGUGAGAGAGAUCUGGUACUUUAAAAACAUCCUGAAUUCCAAAUCAUUAGAGCCUAGUACCAACUGAACAUGAAUCUACAUAGUGUAGAGCAUUUGCUUUUUAGCUCUAACACUUCUGCUAUUGUGACUACUAAAAUUAUGCUUACUUGAGUAAAAUACAUUAUAUAUGCAAUGUAAUGGAUAUCUCAUGAACUGCCAAGGAUAGGAGUAUAUUUUGUGUGCUGUUGGGUAGGGUUUGGCACAUGAAAACAAAGAACAUAAACUAUACUUGGAUGGUUUUUAUUUAUCAUUCUCCACAAAGAAGAAAAUUUAACAAGGGUUCAAAAAUGGUUUGAAUGUAAAGAUCGUGUGAUUUAUACUUUGCUGAUGUAUUUUGCUCAUAAACUAAGUGUGACUUUCUAGCUAUGAUGGUUCAGGUAGAUGGGUUGAAGUUUUGGUAUGCUGAGUACAUGUGGUUUCUUAUUUUUGUUCUUUGGAGCAUCUUUAGAAAAAUAAUUAUUCUAAACCUUGUUAUGGAGAUGGCAUUUGUGAUCUUUGGCCUAAUAAAAUGAAGGCAUUCUUAGUAAAACUGAAAGUUUGCAGUAAAGCAAGUUAACUAUUUUCCUUAAGUUUAUACAGGAGAAUACUAUUGUGCUUUUGCCUCAGUCUGCUUUGGCAGCCAAGAAAUAAUACUGAGCUUUUUUCUGCAUGUAAUAAAGUCUAUUUAGGCAUCAAAGUAAGGAAUGUCUUGGAAUAAAUUUCUCCGGACAAUGCAGUAUUAAGUUACUUACAGUAUUAAAUUAUCUCAUUUAGAAGUUGAUGUCAACUGCAAAAAAUGCCUUAUUUGAAAUACAUAAGAAAAAUAAACAGUUUUAAAUUGUGUGACAAGCGCUGUUAAAUGAGGAAUAGUUUAGGAGUUUGAGUUAGCUAAAGUGUUUCUUCUGUCAAUAUCCUGAGGCUUCUUCUACCUCAUCUUUUUAUGCUUUUUGCAAGGAUUUGAAUUCUUGUGCUGUGAAGUCAUUUAGGAAAAACUGAACACAAAUCAGAGGGCAGUGCACCAUCAGAAAAUGUGGGAGCUUUGCUUGAAUUGGGCAGGUCCAUUCUAGGAGAGAAACGGAGUGUGAAUUUGACAUGCUUAUUUGAUUUUCCACUUUUCCUUCAAUGUUAUUUUUCUGAUAAUUGCUGUAAUUGCCAAUUUUGAAUGGCUCCACACUGAAAUGCUGCAGGAAUCUGCAAAGUGCCCAGAAAGUGGGAAAGCAAGUUUUGGCAUUCACAGUAUUUUUCGAUUCUUGUCAUUCUUGGCUGUCAGCUCUCAUUUAAAAAAUGAAAACUGCACUAUUUGCAAUUAUUAUUUUUCUGUCACUAGUGCAAGAGACUUAAAACAUUAGCUUCAUGUAACUUGUGAAUAACAUGAAACCAUUUCCAUUGUUAAUACACGAUUGAGGUGCUUUAGUUUUUUGUUUAUGUCUGUCUUUUACUCUAUAUGAUCUUUUAUUGUCUUUGGUUAAGGAAAUUAUAGAUGCAAGUAUUCUGAAUAGUCAUCUUAAAAAGAUACCUUCUCAGUUUGACAUUAGUUCAUUUAUAAACCUGCUGGGCAGAUGUUUGUCAUGAUAUCAGCUGGCUGGAAAAAUUUCAGAAAACUGUUCAUCUUAAACCAGUAAUUCCAUUGGUCAGUGGCCAUUCUGGAUUACUGCUGCCACUAUAGGUACGGGUAUAGUCUAAAUCCCAGUGGACUUUGAGAUAUGGGAUUUGUCUGCAAAGCUUGAAUGAUGCAUUUGAAAUCCAGAUUUUCUUGUGUUAAAUGUUAAACUGAGUGAAAAUUUACUAUCAAGAUAUUCUGUAUGCUUGAUUCUUCCUGGAGAAUAGGGUAGGUAAAAUGCACUAGUAAGUUAAUCUUUGUGGGGUUUGGGUUUUUUUUUUUAGGACUUAUGGUAUAAUUUUUCUGUAUAAGUUGUUUUGCAAAUUGACUCUAAACAUACAUAUGUAUCAUGUAACCAGUUAGCAUUCUUAGUACACUCAAGCCAUUUAGUGGUUUUGUAUCAUUCCUCCUUAGCAACAAGAAGUCUCAGUCAUUAAUUAGUGAAAGAACAUAAUUCUGCUCUGAAUUUUAUUUAUUUAUAUUUUUUUUUCCUGGCAUUAUUCUCUGGUUUUAAGAAUUAGAAUUUUGAGAGAAGUUUGGGAUUCAUAGUAUCUGUUCCACAGUAUUGGUCAUGAACAUUAAAUCUUACCUCAUUCUGACUGUAA